UAGAUAACCGUGUCCAAGUCCUAGACCUUUUGACUCUUACGCCAUUUCAUCAUGUCUCUCCGAACCGGCGUUCUGACUACUGACGCACCUGCCCCCAGUCCUCAUCUCUCUCAGGCGAUUAUCCAUAAUGGAACAGUCUACUGCUCAGGCUCGUUCGGUAUGGAUCCCCAGACUCGACAACUGGCUGAGGGGCCCUACCAUCAAACCGCGGGUGCUCUCAAAAACCUCAACGCUAUUCUUAACAAAGCGGGAACAAGCCUUCACAAUGCUUUAAAAGUCACCAUCUUUAUAUUGGACAUGGACCACUAUGCUGAGGUCAACAAAGCAUAUCUCGAGUUUUUCACUUCAGAUCCCAAGCCAAGUCGGACAUGCGUCGCUGUUGCUCAGCUUCCCCUAAAGGGCGCUCAUGUGGAGAUGGAAGCUAUCGCUGCUAUUCCUGAGAAGUCUAGCAAGCUUUGAUAAUCCCAG